GAAUUGUGAUAAGCUAACCACUGUAAUUACAACCGUAAUCAGUCAGAUUGAAAUUUAAAAAAUGUUUUUUGAUCAAAUCAACUCUUGUAUUUAAAUUUGUUAUUAUUCUUAAUUUGUAAUUUAUAUCUUCAAUUUUUUAGAUUAAGAAUAUAGAAAAUAAAAAAUUUGGUCAGAAGAUAUUUGUAUAAAGUCGACAUAAACUCUUUUGAUGGAUAGCUUUGAGCCUAUCUGUAGAGGAACUCCGGCUGCUUAUGAGGAUGUGGUGGAGGUAACUGUUAGUGAAAAUAAUGCACGAAAGGAAAUUUUGGACUUUAUAGAUAAAGAAGAGAUAGCAGCUGAGAGUAAAAAAGAAAUUCCAGUUAAGCUAUAUAGAAAAAUAAUUCCCAUGAUGGUCGUUUACACAAAUAAUGGACAGCACAAAUCAUACAAAAAAGCCAGAGGUAUUUGGUCCAAAACACCUGCAGAUUGGCCGCCUGAUGUACCUUUCGAAGAUCCCAAUAAUCCGAAAGGUGGAGAAAAGCCUAGGAAAUCAACGCUCCUUAAAAUGUUUACUUAUCUAAAGAAUAAAGUUAAGGGAAUAGAAAUGAACCGAUCGGAAAAACCUCUGAGCGAGCUGUAUGAAACUGCAUAUACUGUUCAAAUACAAGAGCAGGAUGCUCAUGAUCAGUUUCCUUAUACAGUUGUUAGCUGUGAUAACUAUUUAGUACAGAGCGAUGAUCUACAAUGGGAUAUCCUAAAGAGAAUAGGACUUAAGUUGGAAGAAAUAAAGAAUUCGGACAAACGAUUACCUGAUGACCAGCAUCAAAUCCUGAGUAGAUGCCACAAGCUUCUGUCUAUAUGUUUUGAAUACAACAAAAAAGAUGUUUUAAAAAAAGCCAGCGAAAUGGAAUUAUGUUUAGAUCAUGUAUAUUAUAACACUGGGGAAGAUACUUUAAAUAUAAGCGUAUGGAAAAACUUUGUAAUAAAUGCUGUAAACAAAGGACAGAAUUCUGAUAGUUCUGACGGAACUGAAAAAAAUUUCCCCGAAUCAUCCACCUAUUCAGUUGACGAUAGAGAAAUGCCAUCGCAAUCCGAAUCUCCGAGUCCAGAUCCUAACUUGGCCUCUCCUUUAAGGAAGAGAAGAAAAAAAUAA